AUGCCGCCGCCGCCAGUACCCCCGACGAGGCAGCCGACGCGUCCAAAGCGCCUGGGGAGGGUGAGAACCCGAAUAUUCUCCCGCACCGGCCGCGACAUCCUGGACGUGGUGCUGGCCGCAGCAUCCGCGUCCACAGCCUUAACCCCCUCCCCUCCCGUGGGGGGAGGCGAAGAAUUCUUCCCUGGCGUCAUGCCGGGCCCGUCCAAGCGCCCGGCGUUGAACCCAUUGCUCCGAGAGCCGCGGCGCAGAUCACCAAUCACACCACCAUCGAGCGCCGGGCUGUCAGUAUCGGCGUUCGAAAGCGUGUUCUCCGCGCCACCUCCGCCCCCAACCAAGGGAAGUAAAGCCGCGUCCGCGCGCGUGCCGGCAUCGUCCGCAGCAGCACGCCCGCAACCACCUACUGCGCGCCAGCCACGAGCUGAGCCCGCCGCGACCACCUCCGCCUGCGCCACCAGCAGAGGCGCUGCCAUCGUCGCUGCCGCUGAGCGCCCCGCAAAAAGCUGCCCCCCUCCGCGGCCGGCGACCCGCACCACCACCGCGAGCGUCCGCCUCAACCCUGCCCCGCCACGUGCCACUGCGGCAGGGAUGCCUGCACGCCCGCGGCCCACUGUGUCCACCCGUGCAGCCACGACAGCCACGCGCACCACCGCCAAUGCCGCCGUCGUCAACAACACGGCAGAAUAG